AUGGAAGUCAAAAACCCUGCAAGAUCAACCAACAACAAUAAUUACGCUCCACAAAUAUGUCGUUAUCUCGACCGCGCUGACAAGUGUAAUAGGUUUGAUCUUGCCAUCGGUCUUUUGGAUGGCAAGCUGAGUGUUGAGGAUCUGGAAGUUGUCCGAGAGGAACAUGAAGAUGAUGACAUUGAUGAAGACACGGAUGUGGAGAUUGUCGCCAUGGAGAUUCCAUCCAGGGCUCAGCAACCUGAUCAGCCGCGUCCUAUCACAGAUUAUUUCAUGAUCACCAAAAUGCUACAGCACAAAAAAGCAGGAUCAAUACCCAUCCCACUAUGCUCUUUCGUUGUUGGGCGCACUGCCCUCCAUCUCACAUAUGAUCCUUCUAUUAGGAAUAUCAGUGUCAAUGAAGUUGCCAUCAUGUUCAACCUACCAGACCUUCGCCCAGCUCUCACUAAUUUCCUUCACCACGAGGAGACAUCUGGACAUCGUGUUCAUGCAAUCAGUGGUCCUCAAAGAGCUGGACCUGAAGCUGAACUUCCAUUUGAUAAGCUUCAAGUUUGGUUCAAAAUAUGUUUACAAGAAACGGACUUUCACAAUGCCCAUAAAAUUGACCCAGCUCAAACAUUAAACUGUGCACCACCUAGUGGGCCCUGGACUUUGGGCUGUUAUGACACCGUCAUUAUCCAGACCAACGCAGAGCAGUCAUGGCCUACUUGUGGUCUUUCAGGUCACUCGGUAGCCCAACUCAGACUUCUCAUACGGCCUAUUGGCAAAAGUGGUACACCAUGGUCUUGGGAAGAUAAGUUUAUCGCCUAUUUGCAACGAUUUGAUAUCUCUAGUGAACGUGAUCCAACUACUCAGCUACAUGUGCUGAGAAGAUCGAAGUGCUCUAAUGGCAGUCAGAUGGGGGACAUCAUUCCAGUUUCUCAGCUGAGAGCACCUGUCCAUCUUGUCCCCCGUUUUGGUGCAACUGCGGAUACACAUUUUACUGCCUAUAACAGCAUGGAGCAUGCAUCUGAGUUUUGGCUAAACUAUUUUUGGGACAAAAAUAGCUUUUUUGUGCUGUCAGCUGAAUUCAUACCUGAUAAGCAACACUUUCAUGCACUAAAAUUAUCAGUACCCACAUAG